AAAAUGAGUGAUAACGGUCGGUUUGAUUAACAUUUUCAUAUUAUAUUUCUAUCGAUGGUGGUUAGUCUAUAGCUUGCAUGUUUGAAUUCCAGAUGAUAGUUUAUAUAUAAAUGCAGUUCAGAUUUCAUGUUUAAGAUUGAAAAUGGAGAAAGGGAGAGAAUUUAGACAGCAUAUGAAACAGGAUGUACUAUCACACUCAAGAAAGGCAAUAAUUGCAGUGGCAAUAGAGUUCAAUAUGGAGACAUCAAGACUGGCACUCUGUUUGAGAAAAGAUGUUAAUGAAGAUUCGAUAAAUAUGUUCUGCAAGCUAUGGCAAAACUCUGGUGUUGAAACAAUAUCAGCGCCAUUGAAUGUUAUCAUUAAACCGGAUGGCAAAACAUUGUACUGUUAUGGAUACGACGCGGAAUAUUGUGAACUCGAACUGACAAACAGAUACAAUCAAUAUUAUUUCUUCAAAGAUAUUUCGAUAAAGUUGGUGAAAUCAUUUAAGGAGAACAGCGAUCUUCAUCUGAAAGCAAAAAAUGGAAAAACACUUCCUGCCUUAAAAGUAUUCACACUUGUUGUAGAAUUCUUCAAAAGAGAAAGUCAAAGACUGUGUCCGCUUUUAUUGGAAGGCGACAAACUCUAUGUUAUUAUUGUACCAGAAAUAUUUCAAGAAAUUGGGGCAAUUGAUUUUAUGAGGAACGCCGCUCUUGAGGCUGGAAUAAAUAUGAAACAGCUAAUUGUUGUAACUGAGAUAGACGCAGUAUCUUUGUUUCACCAGAAAGAAACACAUUACAAGACAUCUAGCAUCGGAAAGAAAUUUAUGAUUAUCAAUGCCGGAAGUUAUUUUACAACCAUUGCAGUACAUGAGUCGCCUGAUCUGGGAAUAAUCAAAGAAUAUAAAGGUGUUGAAUACAAAGAAGCGGGCAACAGAUUGUUAAAGAAAGCAUUCAAGAAGUUUUGUACCGACAUAUUUGGAGAGUGUUUGUGUACAUCAUUUAAAACACAUUCAAAACAAGACUGGUCGGAGUUGAAAAUUGAUUUCCUGAGAAAAGCACUCACGUUUGAUCUUUGCACAUCAGAUGUUUUUAGACUUAAAUUUCAUUAUUCAUUUUUGAAUAGUUUAAAGAAAGAUAUUACUUUACACAAAUUCUCUCCAGGAAAUGAAUCAAUUGAAGGCAUUUCGAUAACAUGUGAUAAAGUAUAUUUUCCCGCAGAACUGAUAAAAAAAGUUAUUGAUCCAUCCGUACAACAGAUCAUCUCCGUCAUACCCACUUUAGCUGAUAUUGAUGAAAUUGUUGUCUUUGGAGAAUUCGCGAAGCAACCGAUGUUGAAGAAUGGUGUUAAAACGAAAUUUGUUAACAAGAACGUUGUAUUUUAUGACAAAAACACAGAAGCGGCGUUGAAAGGAGCAGUUAUAAUUGGUCUUGGUUUGGGUCAGAUUGAAAAAAUUGACAAGGCCCGUGAUUCAGCUAUUGUAGCUGCAAUUGAUUUUGGUACUACUUACUCUGGUUGUGCUUAUUCUCUUCGUGCAAACUUCGACGCAGAUCCGGCAAAGGCAUUUACGAAAAAGUGGAACUCGGGCACUGGCAUAACAGUUAAGACUCCUACGAGUAUUCUAAUAGAACCAGAUGGAAAAACAGUCAAAGCUUUCGGAUAUGAAGCUGAAGAUGAAUAUGAAAAUUUAGCAGCAAAUGAUGAGCAUAAGGAUUACUUUUAUUUUGAACGUUUUAAGAUGUCGUUAAACAUGAAGCUUGGGAAGAAGCUAGAUAGAAACAUGACACUAGAAGACGCAAUGAACAGAUCGCUGCGUGCUAUGGACGUUUUUGCAAUGGGCAUCAAGUUUCUCAAAGACGUCUUGCUAGGUAUGUUGUGCAACAAACAUACUGGAAACAUCAGUUUGGAUGAUAUACACUGGGUGUUAACAGUGCCUGCUAUUUGGACGGAUGGAUCAAAACAGUUUAUGAGGGAAGCUGCAAUAAUGACUGGUAUACAGAGUAAAAGACUAACAAUAGCUUUGGAACCAGAAGCUGCAUCGAUGUUUUGUCGUUACUUACCAAUAGAAGCUACAACUUCCGACACGGGUGUCAACAUUUCCUCGUUAUCAAUCGGAGCACAGUAUCUGGUCCUAGAUGCGGGUGGUGGAACGAUUGAUAUAACAGUACAUGAGGUAGAUAAUGAUAACAAUAUAAAGGAAAUACAUGCAGCUAGUGGAAGCGGAUGGGGUGGCACUAUCGUUGAUAAGGAAUUCGAGAGUUUAUUAGUCACUUUAGUCUCAAGAGAUGUUUACGAGGAUUUUAAACGAGACAAUACAGAUGACUGGCUUGAUGUCUGGAGAGAAUUUGAGGUCAGGAAAAGAACGAUAACUACAUCUUCAAAUUCACCAUUAAGAAUUAAACUUCCUUCCUCGCUUGCAAAAAGGUAUAAACUUGUCAGUAACGAAAUAUUAGCCAAUGCUCUGAAAAAUUCAAAAUAUGACAAUGACAUUAAAAUUGUCAAAGACAAAAUAACAUUUUCACCAGAACUUGCUAGAUCAUGGUUCAGAACAUCUGUCGAAAGCACAGUGCACAUGAUAAAAAGUAUUUUGACAUCAAGAUAUGUUAAUAUUUCGGCAAUUUUAAUGGUUGGUGGAUUUUCUGAGUGUCUAGUUUUACAGAAUGCCGUGAAGUCAGCAUUUAAAGAAAUAGAUGUAAUUGUUCCCGAAGAAGCCUCAACCUGCGUUCUUAAAGGAGCAACCAUUUUUGGCCACUUGCCAAAAGUCAUUAUUGAACGUGUUCUAAGACAUACAUAUGGGAUUGAGACAUUUGAGAAGUUCGUACUGGGACGUCACCCACCAAGUAAAUGUAUCAUUACGGACAACGGCAUGGUAUGUCAGAAGGUCUUUAGCAAACAUGCCGAAAUAGAUCAAAAGGUUAAAGUUGGGGAACCACAAGUUUGGCGUACCUACAGUCCUCAAUAUAAAUCCCAGAAACAGAUGUCAUUUUCUGUGUGUGCAUCAGACAAACCAAACCCGAUUUACACAGACGAGGGGUGUAUUCAUAUUGGUACGUUGCAGAUUGACUUAGACGAUCAUGACGGGGCAUUGGAUCGGGAGGUUUUAGUUGCCUUCACAUUCAGCGGAACAGAAAUAGUUGUUCAAGCAAAGGAUAGAAAAACAGGCAACGAGUCUUUCGUUGCUGUUGACUUUCUUGGAUAAAGAAACGGCCUUAUAUAUCAAAACAUUUUUAUUUGCCAUACAUAUGAUAUAUAGUCUGUGAUGGCUUGUGUGUAUAUGAAAACCUAUAUGUUGCAUAUGAUAAAAUA